AUGUAUCCGAGGCGCCCUGUACUGGAAGGGGCAGAGGUUGGGAUAUUCACGCUGCUAUCCUACGGUGCCACUCCCGAACAGUGGAGAGAGUGGCUGCGGGCGCCGCUAGAGCACGCAGCAGCCCGUGGAGAGUUUGUCCUCGUCGAGAAACUGCUAAACGCCGGGGCAGAUGGCGGUGCGGGAUGGAGCGGGUGCCGUGGCCGGACUCUGCUCGAUGCUGCUGCCCUGGGCGGCAACCCCGACGUCGUAACAACGUUGCUCAGAGCAGGAUGUCUCCCGGACGUCAACGUGGUAUCAGUCUCGUCCAGGAGGUCGGCGUUGCACCUGUCGGCUGUGUGCGGCCACGAAGCUGCCGCCAGGAAGCUUAUUCUAGCCGGAGCUGACGCAAACCGUGUUGACCCUGCUGAAAAAUGCGGUCCUCUCCACGUCGCCGCAGCUGGAGGGCAUUGUAGUCUAGUGAGCGAUUUGCUGAUAGGCGGAGCUCAUCCGAAUGCACGCGACUUGUUGGGGCGUACUCCUCUGCACCGUGCUGCUUACAUGGGCCAAGACAUGGUGGUGGCAGUGCUCACCGACAUGCCGAGUACGGACAAGGACAUUUUGGACAAAAGCGGGUUAUCUCCGUUGACGGUGGCGUCGCAGAGGGGCCACCUCUCCACCGUCAAGACUCUUUUGAACGCCGGUGCUGAUGUCAGCAUGCGUACCGGUCACAGAAAUUCCCCUCUUCAUUCGGCUGCCCGAGAGGGACAGGUGGAGGUCAUAACAGCCAUCCUGGAGCACGGGGCCGACGUCAACGCUUCAAAGCAUGGCUAUACCGCUUUACAUGCCGGCUGCGCGAUGAAUCAAGCAGGCGCCAUGGACGUGCUUCUCGACGCCGGGGCCGACAUGGAUAGGAAAUGUUAUGGUGCAUCGACACCUCUCUGUGUGGCCAUCGAAUUUGGCGCUAGUGUCCAAGCCGUGCACACCCUGUUGCGUCGGGGAUGCCAAGUCAGCGGGCCAAUGGACAAAACAAUGUUGCACUUGGCAUGUAUGACUAUGGCGCCCGGUUUCGAUGCGAUUGUGGAUCUGCUCUUGAGGUGGGGAGUGUCAGAGUUGACCUUAGACAAAGGCGGCAAUACGCCCGCUGCACUACUUAGUGUUGCAGAGGGCAGCUCUUCUCGCAAAGCACGCGAAGUGGAACGCGCACAUGUGUUGCUAGCGAAUGCUCCGGCGGACAGGGCGUGGCGGCGCCGGAGCUGGCUUGUGAUGCUUCGUGCGAGGACAGAGAGAGAAAGGGGGGUAAAUAGCAGCAGCAGCAGUGAAACGGAAGCGGCUGGCCAAAUGAUGGUGCGUAACGAAGACAGCGGCGGUGGUGGUGGUAACAAGGUGCCACGGACAGCAGGCGGUGGAAGUGGUGGUGCUGGAAGCGGAGGAAAAAACAAUGAGCUCCAAGUUGUGGGAGGUUGGGCGGCGGAGGGGGGUUUGAGUGGCUUAGUGGCGAUGCUGUUUGACGUCCUGACAGACUCAGAGGGAGUGUUCCGCACCGUUUUGGGCUACCUCUGAAGAGUUGGGACCUGCAAACAAGCAGGUAGGAGCGGAGACCCCGACGAGAAGGCAGAUGGGACCGCGACCGGCCCGGGGAACGUCGACACCCCUCUCAACUGUUCGAAGUGCGACGACGACUGGCGCUCAUUCGACGGCGUCAAAGCCCGGAACGACGGGCAGAUGGGCAUCCCGCAAGGGAUCGUCGACGACGAGAGGAAGGCGGUCUCUCUGCGGCAGCGGCGGCACCGGCAGCAUGGAAGCUGCCGUUGCAAUCCCCCCGAAAAUGCCACGGUGACGAUUUAGGGCGUGGUGUACAAGGUCGAGGCCUGGACGGACAAACGAUUCCUGGAGUGGAAGAAGCGGACCACCGCGUGACGUGAGGAUGGCUAGAGUCCAACAAGCGGACAAGGUUGCGCGCGGGGGGGGGGGGGCUCCUGUUGGCCAAUCCCCUUUACCCUGGUUUUGGGAGUAUCGACGGUGUUUGGGGGAGGAGUAGGCAGCAGUGUUGUGUCAUCACGACAAAUGUGACAGAACCCAAAAAGGGUCAGUUCGUGUAGAUUAGGACCCCUUGUGUUUCCCUUGUUAUAUGAUGCCGACGCGUGCGUCGCUUGGCACGAUAGCGCUCUUUUGAUGUACCAGUACACGUGUGUGUCUGCAUGUAUGUGUUGCGAUAGUAUCGCCAAACCCAUCAUUUGUGUGUGGCAUGGGGUAGGGGGAGAGAGAGAGAACGAGACAGAGUUUUUUUGCGUUUUACGUGGUCUGUUUUUGAUCAGCAGAGAUUCAUUGCAUAUAUUCCGAGAUUGAGGUUGAUUUUAGAAGGU